AGUAUAAGAAACCCUUUCACUAUUGGGUAUAGCAUUUCUUGCCUGGAAUAUCGAUUGGUCAGCACUGCGUGUAUUCUUCAAGUGUGUUUGAAUAUCAUAUGCCCAUUUCUUCGAUAUAUACAUCGUCACGAUGUUGGUUUAUUAGCAUCUGGUGACCAUUCGAUUGACUAUAUGAAUUAUCCUAGAAGUCUACACAUGUAGAAAGUCAUUAUGGAUUACAUAUGGAACAAGGAGAGGGCAAUAUUUUUCGUGUUAUUUUGUGGACUAACCAUCUUCACUUUCUUCAUUAUUGAGGAUGAUCUUCAAACCAACAUCAAACGUUCGAGAGAUAAAAAACCGCCAAGGAUUGGAGACUUCCUACAGAAUACAACAGGGUCUAAACAGGAAGAUGUACCUGCAACCAAAGAGGGGUGCGAGGAUACGCGUCUUAUGCCGAGCAAAACCUUCCCAACUAUAGCUCUUACCAGCUUCCCAGGUUCGGGCAAUACGUGGGUCAGGCACCUCAUCGAGACAUCGACCGGAUAUGCCACCGGGAGCGUCUACAAUAGCAGGAUUCUCGCAAGCCAAGGUUUUAUUGGUGAAAAGGAAGAUUUCCGAAUAGGAACGACCCUCACAGUGAAGACACACUGGCGACUGAAGGGUACAAUGGUCGGUGCCGUGUUACUCGUACGCAACCCAUAUCGAGCUUUGUUGUCGGAAUAUAACAGAAGAAAAGGCGGGAAGACGGGACACGCCACCUUGGACGAUUUCCAAAGUGAAGAUUGGCAUAGAUUUGUACAGAACUCAUGCCGGAAAUGGUUCGGACUUUCUGAAUAUUUCAUUACGAGAUGCGGUACCAAGGACGAUACUUGCAAGUCAAUGACGGUCGUGUAUUAUGAGCAACUCAAACUUCACGUCGCGGACGAGAUGCGACGAAUCCUCGCCUAUCUCGAUGUGCCGGUCGACGAGGAGCGUCUUGCGUGUACAGUUGCCAAUGCGGAGGGAAAGUUUCACAGACACAAAUCAAAUACAAGUCUAGACCCGUUCACACAAGAAGAAAGGACUAGGAUUGAUGGAUUUAUUAAAGGGUAUCUCGAUUUAACCGACAAGUGGGACCUACCGAAGCCGCCGCCAUCAGUCACGUCAUAUCCCACUGAUUUGCAUUUAUGACAUUAUUUAAAGAUGAAUAUUGUUUUUUCAUUCUUUGCUCUCGUCUGUUUAUUACGAAACGUUUAUGAAAAGAUUACUACAACCCGGUAAUGCCGCAUGGAUGCAUAAUGCAAUACCAAUAAUGUCGCAGAGUGCGACAUUAGGGAAAAUUCGCUCCACGUAUACGUAGAGAGAAUGUAUUUGCAUUGAAAAUGCCGUCAAAUGACAAAGAUUAGCUGGAGGUCUUUGUCGCAAAUUGGGAAUCGGAACCGCGGUUUUGUGCUACCGAGUUCCAGAGCUGACGCAAAAUUGCAAAUGGGCCCUAUAUGUAGUUUGUCUAGAAUGAGGGACUAAAAUGCGGUCCUGAUACACGGCCCGAUCUGUAACAAGAGUUUAUCAUUUCUGCGGAUCCUUGAAAUUAAUUUGUCGAGAUAACGAGACGCAUUAUCUCACCAAGUAGACUCAUGAAAAGUUUUAUAUAAACAUAGAGAGCACUGGCGGCUCCGGGGGGGGGGGGGCACACCCAAACCCGUGCCACCCCCUCCCCCGAGAGGCAUUAAAAUGUCGUUACAAGCGUGCCACUUUUUUCUGCUUGUCGAACCAAACCCAUUGUCAAAUUUUCCGUGGACGAAAUGACCUGAAAUUACGGUGAACAUGGUGAAAACCUCCCUUUUUUGCUGGUCAAUUUCUUCUCAGGACCCCCCCCCCUUUGGGAAAUCCUGGAUCCGCCACUAACAGCGAGAUACGUUAUCUUAUCAUGUUAAUUAUAAAAAGUAAACAGCGGGAUUUAUUUUCAUAUCCACAGCAUGCGCUUACGAGUAUGAGUUUGCGGUCCCAAAAUCUGAAACCAUACCCUUUAAAAACAAAUCAGUAAAAAAAUACUAGUUAAUAGGGUCAGCUUGGUGCAACUGUUAUUCUAGUCAUA